CGCUCUAGCUUGUUCCUAAGAGCUACGUGCUGCGCCGCUCUAAGUACGGACGGUUCCAGUUUCUCAAUACAUUGCUGGAGCCAGAACGGGACUCCGGAUGUGACGUCACGUUCAAUUAUCUCCGCCCACUCUCCCAAUAUCUAUACUGAGAAUGAGCAGGUAGCCAAGUAUGAGAUCAUGGAUGGUGCUCCUGUCAGAGGAGAGUCAAUUCCCAUUCGUCUGUUCCUGAGUGGGUACGACCUCACGCCCACCAUGCGGGACGUCAACAAGAAAUUAUCUGUUCGUUACUAUGUCAACCUGGUUCUGGUGGACGAGGAGGAGAGGAGGUAUUUCAAGCAACAGGAGAUAGUCCUGUGGAGAAAAGCUGACCCAAAAGCAGCCAGAAAGUCAGUCAAGAAAUAGUCUCUACAAAUGAACGAUAGGCACACUAUUUACACUUAUAUACACUACCUGCACUCUAUAGCAAUAGGUAUAUACUACUUUUUUUAGCUGGUCUUGCUGUGUGAAUGUGAUGUGUGUGGGUGUGUAAAUGUACUGUUUGUGAAUGAGUGAUUGGUUAAUGUAACAUUGACUGGUGUGGAGGUUUUGGCUAUCCUUUGAGGUUACUUUGGCCUUUUCUACACAAAACUAGUACCUUUCGUCUACUCUCUAUAAAUCUCACUCCAUUAUUCCCCUAUCUCGCUCCAACAUUUCCUCUUUUUCAUCCAUCUCGCUCUGUUCCUUCGUUGUGUCCCCCUACAUCUUGCUCCAAAAUUUCGUAUUUUCCCUCUUGUCUUGCUCUGUGCUUCGUCUUUUACCCCUAUCUCGAGCUCGUUGAAGAAUUUCUUCUUUUCCCCUGAUUUUGCUUCCAAUCUCACCUUGUAUAAUUAUACUGGUGAUAAAGUCG